CACAACAAGCCUGUCAUGUGAUUGUCUGCUCGUGCCCGUCUCUUGUCUAGUGUGUAGGAGCAGCUUCACAUAUAAAGUCCCUUCCGCGUGUUUAAGGAGGCACGUGAGCCGUGUCUGUUCCUCCAGCCGGUAGUUCAGCUCCACCGACUCAUCACAGGCCUGACAGCUGUCUCACAGAGCGGCCCGACACCCCGGCGGACAUGUCUGACGAUUUGAAGAGAUAUCUGUACAAACAGCUGCAGAGUGUUGAAGGUCUUCAUGCUAUCGUUGUGACGGACAGGGACGGUGUCCCAGUCAUCAAAGUUGCCAAUGACCACGCCCCGGUCCACGCGCUGAGACCCGGCUUCUUGUCCACUUUUGCUCUGGCCACAGAUCAGGGCAGCAAGCUGGGCCUCUCCAAGAACAAGAGCAUCAUCUGCUACUACAACACCUACCAGAUCGUGCAGUUCAAUCGGUUACCACUGGUCAUCAGUUUCAUAGCCAGCAGCAACGCCAACACAGGUCUGAUCAUGAGUCUGGAGAAGGAGUUGGCUCCACUAAUAGAGGAGCUGAGGCAGGUGGUGGAGGUGACCUAAGCUCUGACAGACGGGUCCGACCUGAGCAGCAUCACUGGAUCACAUCCUCCUGCUCGCUGAAUCUCUCUCUAUUGGUGCAUUCAGGGCCAGAGUGGAAACCUGUGUGGUGGUUUUAACAGUUCCAAGUAAUGACAUCUUCAUCUGUUUACGUCAUGGUUGAACUUUCCUGUUCACUUUUUGUUCUGUUUACUUUGCUUUCUCUCAUUUUCUGUUUCCUAAGUGCUUAGGUGCUUAUAGUUUAUAUGUCAAAUCAAAUGUCAAGAAGUCUGAAUAAAUGACACUUUUAGCACCUA